AUGCCACGCAAGAUAGAAGGCUUCUUGUUUUUACUUCUCUUUGGCUAUGAAGCCACACUGGGAUUAUCGUCUACUGAGGAUGAGGGUGAGGAUCCCUGGUACCACAAAGCAUGCAAGUGUGAUUGCCAAGGAGGUGCCAAUGCCCUGUGGUCUGCCAAUGCAGGCUCCACCCCCUUAGACUGCAUACCAGAAUGCCCAUACCAUAAGCCCCUGGGUUUCGAGUCAGGAGAGGUUACACCGGACCAGAUCACCUGCUCCAACCUGGAGCAGUAUGUGGGCUGGUAUUCCUCCUGGACUGCCAACAAGGCCCGGCUCAACAGUCAAGGCUUUGGGUGCGCCUGGCUCUCCAAGUUCCAGGACAGCAGCCAGUGGUUACAGAUAGAUCUGAAGGAAGUCAAGGUGAUUUCAGGGAUCCUCACCCAGGGGCGCUGUGACAUCGAUGAGUGGAUGACCAAGUACAGCGUGCAGUACAGGACCGAUGAAAGUCUGAACUGGAUUUACUAUAAGGACCAGACCGGAAACAACCGGGUUUUCUAUGGAAAUUCGGACCGAACCUCCACAGUCCAGAACCUGCUGCGACCCCCCAUCAUUUCCCGCUUCAUCCGGCUCAUCCCGCUGGGCUGGCAUGUCCGCAUUGCCAUCCGGAUGGAGUUGCUGGAGUGUGUCAGCAAGUGUACCUGA